GUGCAAUUGAGGAGACAGGAGAGAUUUGGGGAUAACAAUUAAGGAAAUGGGUCAUGAAUAUACUGGGAUCGCAUUUAGGAGAUGGGGGUAUCUAGCAGGAGAUGGUUGGGUGGUAUUUGGAAAGCUGGCUGGGGUCAUAUUUGGAGAGAUGAUGACUGAAAAGUGGGAGUGGCCAGGAUGAUACUAAGGAGAUGUCUGGACUAUGCCCAACAAAAUCCAAAUGCAUGGCCCUGCUUAUCGGAAUAAGUAGGGCCAGGGCAGCUGGCUGGGGACCUAUGGCAGGUUUAGCUGUCCUCAGCUUUCCCUCCCUAGCGGUGCCCCUGGCCAGUGGGAACCUACUACAGUUUGGGUUCAUGAUUGAGAAGCUGACGGGGAAGUCGGCACUGGACUACAAUGACUACGGCUGCUACUGUGGCAUCGGUGGUUCCAAAUGGCCUGUGGAUGAGACAGACUGGUGCUGCCAUGCCCACGACUGCUGCUAUGGAAGGAUGAAUAAGCUAGGCUGUGAUCCCAAAAUGGAAAAGUACAACUUCUCUAUUACAGAGAAUAACAUCAUCUGCGGGGGCAGAACUUCCUGCCAAAGGCUGACUUGUGAGUGUGACAAGAAUGCCACCCUGUGCUUCCGAGACAAUCUCAGCACCUACAACCACAAGUACGCUCACUACCCCAACAAGCUGUGUACGGGCCCCACUCCACCAUGCUGAAACCCUGGGCAGCCUCCAGCUGGGUCCAAGCCACUUACACCUUCCAAGCCUCCGAUGUCUCCCCACAAAAUGCUCUUCCUGUCCCUCUAGACAUUCAUGACCAGAAUUUCCUCUCAAACACUCAAUAAAUACUGA